AUGAUUCCUUGUCUUUCAGGCAAGAGACUUGGAGUAGCCAUGGCUAUGUUACACCGAGCACUGUUCACCUGGUUUCUUCUUUUAGUGUUUCUUAUUCUAUUGGCAUUGAGGCUAGAUCAAAGAACAAAGUGGAACUGGUUCAUUGUUUUCAUACCAAUGUGGUUUUAUGAUGCAAUAUUACUCAUAUACAUAAGUAUAAAAAUGAUUAAUGAAUGUCGCACAGCAGUUGGUGGCUCAGGUGGCUCUCACCACCGUACAGCUCAUCAGCGGGUGUCAGCGAUCUUGCAACGUGUGUGGCCUGUUUGUGCUGUUAUACUGAAGAUGGCUUUUAUGGUAAUUUUAUGUUUGAAAUUGGAAAGCAAGUCAGAUAGUUUUCCCUCUUAUCAUGUUCUCUUACCAUUGUGGAUUCUACUCUUAGGGUUGUGUAUUAAUGUUCUUCACUGCCUGGUACUGCAACAUAGGGAUUUGUAUCCAGAAUAAAAAGAAUAGGAGUGGUAUUGGCAGGAGGUUACUUUGCUGCAAUUUUUUCGGAAUACAUAGCACAAGUUGAAACAAAUCCCUUCUGUUUUUAGGUGUAAUAGAUUUCCUUUGUCUAAGUACGUAAAGCUUUCAUUGUGUAGCCAGCACUACCAACGUACUGUUUUCGUAAAUAAAUGUAACAGCAAGUAUAUUAUCUUCCUAAAUAAGUCAUGAUAAAUCUUAAUGUUGCUUUAAGACAGUCGUUAGUAAGGAUAUAUCACCAAAGAUCAGGCAUCUAUCCCUAUGGGUUUUCCUAUCAUUCAUAUUAGUUCCCAGUUUUCGUUAUCCCAUUCUCUUUCUUUAUUACAAGUUUCUUGUAGUUGGUGCUUUAUUGGCUACAAUGCAAAUUUGGAGACAUUGGUUUAAUUAUUAAUUAUCUUUGUUAAUCGGAAUUUUAAAAUUGUUGCAUUGAAUUGAAUAUAGAGUUUAGCCAAAGGCCAA